AUGACGAAUGGGUCGAAUGCCAAACGCAAAAAGAAGCAGCCGGCCAGGUACACCCCAGAAGAAGCCGACCCAGUGCAAGACGGCGACUUCUACCCCCUCUUCCAGAACCAGCUUCCCGUUCCCCUCCAAUAUCCCCGGCGCCAGCACCCCGGCAACGCCCCCGAGACGCCUGCCCUCGACCCCGUGGCACCCCCGUUCAGCCCCAGCAGCGCGACCCCCGCGACUUCGUCAGCUACACCAAGCUCAGCAUCCGAGGUCGGAGUGACACCCGACACCCUCGCAACCCCGAGCACAGCAUCCAGAGACAAAGACGGCGGUCUCACGACCGCGGAUGCCGCCGCGGCAAGACCGGUCAUCGUCUCUUCAUCGAUGUACAUCGACCCGCCAUGUUUCGUCCCCCAUCUCGCUCGCGACAAGGCUCGAUCACCGCGCCGCCUUGGCGUUGGUGCCAGUGAAGGAGCUUCUGGUGGAGAUUUCCCUCCUCGCAGCAUGACAGCAUCCCCCGUUCCACGCGAGGGCAGUCUCGGCCAUAUCGACAAUGACGAGAAGUCCGAGGAAGCGGGGGAAGCAAAGGAACGGCAUGGAAUUCUUGUCGCGCCUGUUCAGCGCAGGGGAUCGAGUGUGUCUUUGUCUUCCAAGCCCGUAACACUGGAGGGCCGCUAUAGUGCUGUCAGGGAUAUGGAAGAUCCGUUCAACGACUUGUUUGAUGCCGCGGCUGGGCCAGGGUCUCGGCCUCGCUAA